AUUGUUUUGGUUUUCUCUGCAAACGUAAAGUAAAGCAUUUUCCUCGCCAAAACACUGGAAAAUGGAAGACAGUGCUUUUGAGCUGGAUUGCAAGAAUCUCAUAUCAGAUUUUGUGACUGAAGAAAAUUAUUCCUUCAAUGGAUUUUGCGAACAGUGGACAAAACAUCAGUUUUAUUACAUCUUUCACGGAUUCUCCAGGACUUUCGAACUCAUAGAAUUCACAGAUAUCGCCAUUCCCGUCGUAAAGCGCCUGUUCGCGAAGGCUGCACACUUCCGGGAACAAUUGGGAGCCUUUUAUCUUCUCUACAGCCUCUAUCUGAAGCAGCCCGCGAAGGAGUUCACAAAGAUCCGCAUUCGUCAGUCGGAUUGGGAGAUCCUGAAGGCCUUUGUGGACAAAGCUUCGCUGUCGGAAGAGUUCAUCCAGGCCAGAUUGGCGUUCUGGAAGCUGGUGCAGAUCAACGCGUUCCUCUUCGUGGCGACUGACGAAGAGUACGGCUUUGAUCGGUACCUGAACCAGCAGGAAGUGGACUCUGACAACGACGAGCAGCCAAGCCACCCAGAAAAUGGAGUGAAGAAGGAUUUGAUGAACUUCGUUGGCGAACGCAGUGGAAUUCUCACAGCGCUGCAACUCGUCGAAUUGGGAUACAAUGAGAUGAAGGAGGGCCUCAAGGAUCCGCGGAACGACAAACUCCUGCCUCAGUCGAACUGCGCCGCUGAGAUCCUGUCCGGACUGCGGAGGAUCAAUGAAAUUUUCAAUCCCGACACGACGCUCGAGGCGAUUUCGGGCGACAGUCGCAAGAAGGCGCUGAAGAAGAGGGCUCUCAAGGGCAAAGGAGCGUCCGCAGUGGCGCCGGAGGAGUCGCCGCAGAAGAAGAUCAGGACAACGAUGUGGAAGAAGAUGGUGCAGAUGAAUGAUGACUUCCUGCAGAUCACCAUGCCGCUGCCGAGCGCCACGAAGCGCUUUCAGAGCUUCACGAACAGGUUGUUUUACCAAAAUUCAGACAAUGCAGAUUGUGACGUGGAGAGCGAAGAUGAGGAGGAAUUCAGUGAGACUGAGGAGAAAAUCCUGCCGGACAUCAACUGAGAAAUAGGGGGUUUGUGAUAAAGUGAGAAGAAGUGAAUAAAGAGAGCUUU